GCUCCCUCAAGCGUCCCUUGUCUCUUGUCCCCCACUGCACCUGCUCGCCGACAAUUUGUUUCACUCAUGGCUGUAAAAUCGGACAAGAAGGACGUCAAGGCGACAAGGGACAAGGCAAGCAAGAAGGACGCUAAGAAGGACGCUAAGAAGGACUCUAAAAAGGACUCCAAAAAGGACGUAAAGUCCGCAGCUGCAAAGGCAGCGGCACCUGCAACAAAGAGUCCUGCCAAGUCCGAUAAAAAGUCCUCACCCGUCAAGACUCCCGCAAAGCCCGCCAAGAAGGCUGAGAGCAGCGACGAAUCGUCCGAGGAUGACUCCUCCGACGAGUCGGAAGAGGAGAAGCCCAAGGCUGCGCAGGUGAAGAAGGCAGCACCCAAAAAGUCGUCUUCCGACUCAUCAGAAGACGAAUCUGAGGACGACUCGGAGGGCUCCAGCGAGGGAGAGACGGCGAAGGCUGCACCUGCCGCAAAAUCCAAAACGAAGAAGUCUGCUCCCCCUACGCCCGCGAAGAAGGCUGCGCCUCCUACGUCGUCUGAUGACGGCGAGGAGGAUUCUGAUGAUAGCGAUUCGUCCGAUGAGGACGAGAAGCCUGCUGCGACGAAGGCUGAUAGCGAGAGCGAGAGCGACGAAGAGUCCUCCGAAGCCUCGUCAGAUGAGGAGUCUGCGAAGCCCGCCGCCUCGAAAUCGCCUGCUAAGGCUGCAAACGGUGCCGCAAAAGCCAACGCCAACGCGAGCGACGAAAGUUCGUCCAGUGAGGACGACAGUGAAGAAGGCAGCGAUGCGAGCGACUCGGACGAGGAGAUGGCUGAUGCUCCUGUCAAUGGUGCAGCAAAGGGCAAGCGAAAAGCUGAGGACGAGCCAAAAUCGACCAAGAAGGUGAAACUCGCCAACGGCGACGCCGCUCCCGCCGACUCCUCAAACAACAACGAGGAAGAAACCAAAACGAUCUUCGUCGGCCGCCUCUCGUGGAACGUCGACAGCGACCAGCUCGCGCAGGAGUUCGCCGAGUGCGGCGAGGUCGUCUCCGCCCGUGUGCAGAUGGAUCGCAACACGGGCAAGUCGCGCGGCUUCGGCUACGUCGAGUUCGCCACCGCCGACGCCGUCGAGGCCGCGCUCAAGAUGAACGGGCGUGAGAUCGACGGCCGCCCGGUGAACAUCGACCGCUCCACCACGGUGAGCAAGGACACCUCGCGCCAGAACCGCGCCAAGGCGUUCAACGACCAGGCGAGCGCGCCGUCUGCGACGCUAUUCGUCGGCAACCUCAGCUUCGACGUCACGGAGGACACCGUCUGGGAGGCGUUCACGGAGCACGGCGAGGUGAAGAACGUGCGCCUGCCGACCGACCGUGAGACGCAGCGCCCGAAGGGUUUCGGGUACGUCGAGUUCACGGACGUCGAGUCUGCGAAGAAGGCGUUCGAGGCGUGCAACGGGAUGGAGAUCGCGGGCCGUGCUAUCCGCCUGGACUACUCGCAACCGAGGGACAGCAAUGGCGGUGGAGCCCGGGGUGGUCGUGGUGGUGGACGCGGCGGGUUCGGUGGAGGACGGGGUGGUGGUGACAGCGGCUGGGGUGGCCGUGGUGGUGGCCGUGGCGGUCGUGGUGGAGGUGACCGCGGUGGUCGUGGAGGAGGACGGGGCGGUCGUGGCGGACGCGGUGCUCCCCGCGGGGGCGCCCGCACAGGUGGCAUCGUCCAGCCUGAGGGCAAGAAGGUCAAGUUCUGAGGAUUGGGUACCUUGCUAUAUGAUAUCUUGUCUACGAUUUGUACACGUCAUGUCUCGUUCCACGCUCUCGCUAUGUGCUAUGGUUAUAGUAUGACGGCCUCUGCAUUCGAUGUGGCUACACUGGAGGGUAUAUGUAAUUUAUAUCGAUCGAGUCGAUGCUACUACUGCUCGAUGAUGGACCGCAAUACAGUCGAGGUAUUAGGAUGUCUGUCAUAAAUACGGGGAUCAUAUGCAUAGCAUAGUGCGUGAUAAAAUUAAAAAGUUAAUUGGAGACCGAUUCAUAGCGGUGGAUUGCUUCGGUGGGGGACUACGAGUCCGGGGCCGCAGACGGGUCGCCGCGCUUUUGGAUCUUGACCGUGCCGGUCUUCUCGAGGCGCUCGAAGAGCGUCAUGAGCUUCUCCAUCUCCUGCUGCUUCUCCUCCUCGGUCAUCUCGGGCUCGGGGUGCUCGACGUGCACGGUGCCCGUGAUGGGGUUGAUGGGCUCGCCUGUGGGCGCGGUCGUCGGUGCCGUGGAGGAGGCGGGGCGCGGCGGCGCAGACAUGAUGCCCUUGUUGUAGAGGAACCCGGCGACGUUGCCGUAGCCGACUUGCGAGGCGAGGACACCGGCAUCGGAGUCGCAGAUCGCAUAAAGCAUCUCGCCGACGGCGUCUUUGAGCCGCGGGUGGUACACGCUCGAGAGCAGGCGCAGGCACCGCCCGAGCAUGUCCGCGCGCCCCUCGAGCGGCGCCGUGCGGUCCAG